AUGUCCUCUGAUAGUGACACUAUAUUGGUCAAUCUCCUUAUUGAUGAACAUUCAUCCAUCAGUAGUUCUCAAUCUAAGACAAAGACAUUUUCAUCUGAAGGUUCAUGUUAUUGGGGCAAGGCAUUACUUAUCGGUUUACUUGUCUUCGCUGUCAUUAGUAUUGUUCUUGUUCUUCUGUUUUUCACUAUUGGAAAAAAACUUAAGAAAAACAAAAAAUCAACAACAAGUGACACAAUUACAACAACAAAAACUGUAGAACUCAAAGAUAUAUCAUCAAACCCAAAGUAUCAACCAAUACCAAAUGUUUAA